AUGGUAGUUAAGUUAUUGUCCAAUAAGCAUAUUUCAUUAAACGUUUUUGCUGAAAACGACCAUAUUUUGGAGGAGAAUAAUACUAUUGGUCAUCUUAUUUUUAAUAUUUGUGAAGUUAUCUUGGUAUCUAUGUAUAAAAUUUUUGAAUGUGCUGGUAUAUUUUUUGAUUAUAUAACAUAUACCAUUGAAAAAAGAAUUUAUUUUAGAAGGAUAAAUAAUUUUAUGUACUUUUUAAAUAUGAGUUUAAAAAGUAUUAUGAAUAUAUUAACAGUCAUGUAUGAUCAUUUUGUUUGGUGGUUAAUUGAUCAUAGUACUAUUGAGUUUUCUAAGUCAAAUAGAAAAGAGGACACAGAAGAAUAUGGUGAAAAUACUCGUUUUCUUCUGUCUUCACUUUCAUUGAGUUUAACAUACAAAGUAUUUUUAAAUGGUUUACCUUCAAUUUGUAGAGAAUCAUUUGCCUUUUUUAAAAAACUUUAG